AUGAGGUCAUCCCUCUGCUGGAUCCUCCCACUUCUCCUCAUCUUGGCCUCAGUGGCCCAAGGCCAGCUGACAAGACGCCCCAGACCUAGGCCCAGGCCCAGGCCCAGACCCAGGCCCACACCCGGCUUUGUUCAGCCCCAUGAGCCAUCAGAGCCUACAGACCUGCCCCCUCCCCUCCCACCAGGCCCUCCAUCCAUCUUCCCUGACUGCCCCCGGGAAUGCUACUGCCCCUCUGACUUCCCUUCUGCCCUCUACUGUGACAGCCGCAACCUUCGAAAGGUCCCCGUCAUCCCGCCCCGCAUCCAUUACCUCUAUCUCCAGAACAACUUCAUAACUGAGCUCCCAGUGGAGUCCUUCCAGAACGCCACGGGCCUGAGGUGGAUCAACCUGGAUAACAACAGAAUUCGCAAGAUAGACCAGAAGGUACUGGAGAAACUACCCAGUCUGGUUUUCCUCUACAUGGAGAAGAACCAGCUCGAAGAGGUGCCGUCAGCCCUGCCCCGGAACCUGGAGCAGCUGAGGCUGAGCCAGAACCAGAUCUCCAGAAUCCCACCCGGCGUCUUCAGCAAGCUAGAGAGCCUGCUGCUCCUGGAUCUCCAACACAACAAGCUGAGUGAUGGCGUCUUCAAGCCCGACACCUUCCAGGGCCUCAAGAACCUCAUGCAACUCAACCUGGCCCACAACAUCCUGAGAAAGAUGCCACCCAAGGUCCCCGCGGCCAUCCACCAGCUCUACCUGGACAGCAACAGGAUCGAGACCAUCCCUAAUGGAUACUUCAAGGGCUUCCCCAACCUCGCCUUCAUUCGCCUUAACUACAACAGGCUGUCAGACAGAGGGCUGCCCAAGAACUCCUUCAACAUCUCCAAUCUGCUCGUGCUCCACCUGUCCCACAACAAGAUCAGCAGCGUGCCCGCCAUCAGCAACAAUCUGGAGCACCUGUACCUCAACAACAACAGCAUAGAGAAGAUCAAUGGGACCCAGAUUUGCCCCAACAAUCUAGUCGCCUUCCAUGACUUCUCCUCGGAUCUGGAGAACGUGCCACACCUGCGCUACCUGAGGCUGGACGGGAACCACCUGAAGCCGCCCAUCCCACUGGACCUCAUGAUGUGCUUCCGCCUGCUGCAAUCCGUGGUCAUUUAG